AUGGGGUAUAAUAAUGGUUGUAAGAAACUACAUUAUACUAAGAGAGAAGUAGCAACUAAGUAUACAUUCACUAAGAUUUUUGGGCCAGUAUUCGCUGCAACUUAUACUUCUAAAACAAUUAUUAAUGCCUUUAGAACUACAGAAACUUGGCCUUUAAAUCCUACUACUAUUAGCUCUGAUCAUCUUGACACCUCUUUAGUAACAGAAUGUGAGCUCUUGCCUUUAUCUCAUCAGAUCAUUCAGCCAACUGGAGAACCAUCUUCUAAUGAAGAACUUGAGACCUUUAAAAAUCCUGAUAUCUGUCCUUUGAAAAUAGCACUUAAAUAUUCUAUUUCUCAGCUUUCAUCACAAACUAAUGAACAAGAAUCUUGCAAAGCUGUUGAGUCUAAAUCCCAACCUGUAAGAAAAAGAAAAACAAUGCCUUUUGCCCAUCUUCUUACUAACAAGAAUUCUUUGUGCAAGUUAGAAGCUGCAGAAGAGGCUGCCAAGUCUAAAGCAGAAAAUGUAAAAAGAAAAAAAGAAAUUGCUAUCCAAAAAAAAACAACAUGUGAAUUAAAAAGACAAAAAAAAGAGCUGAAAUAA